GGCUGGAGCGGGAGUCUGGGCGGCGGCUGGAAGCUUCAUUCCAGCCCCCCCAACCCCCACUCCUCCGCCCGCCGGGAGGCCGGGGCCCCGGCUCGGCCAGGGCGGCGGCGGGGCUGGGGCGCUGGCCCCAGGGCCGGCCGAGCGGGCAAAGUUGCGGAGACUCCGGCAGCCCCUGAAGAAGGAGGGGCGGGGAGGGCCGGUGCGGGCCGGCCAGCCCGGACGGAGCCUUCACCCUGCCCGGCCAGCGGGGCCACGACAGGGAGAGGAGGGAGCGGAAGACACCCAGAUUGCCUAUUGUCUGUAAGCAGCCAAGAAGUUUGCAGGAGGACAAGAGAAGACAGAAUCACAGAUCUCACAGUUGGAAAGGACCUCAGAGGCCGACUAGCUUAAACUGCACCCAAACAAGAGUUAUAUCUCAACAAGAGGUCAUCCAGACUUUGCUCCAAGACCUACAGAGAAGAAGCAGAAGGUAUCAAGACUAGAUUUGCAUCAUAGAAGGAAACUGCACUCCUUACUUCACCACCCAUCCUGCUUCCAGCUCAACUCCUGAAACCAUCGUCCAGGAAAGCAGCUCCUGUGGAGAAAGGGCCAGCCGUCUCUACCAGCUGUCAUCUUUGGAGCAGAAUUUAAGAAGUGCAACAUGGCCAGAGGCUGCCUCUGCUGUUUGAAAUACAUGAUGUUCCUGUUCAAUUUGAUAUUUUGGCUGUGUGGCUGCGGGCUGUUAGGGGUGGGCAUCUGGCUCUCCGUUUCCCAGGGAAACUUCGCCACCUUUUCCCCCAGCUUCCCCUCACUGUCAGCAGCCAAUUUGGUCAUCGCUGUUGGCACUGUUGUCAUGGUGACCGGCUUCCUGGGCUGUCUGGGAGCCAUCAAGGAAAACAAAUGUCUCCUUCUCAGUUUUUUCAUCGUCCUGUUGGUCAUCCUCCUGGCAGAGCUGAUCUUACUCAUUCUGUUUUUUGUCUACAUGGACAAGGUGAAUGAUAAUGCCAAGAAGGAUCUGAAAGAAGGGCUGCUCCUGUAUAACACGGAGAAUAAUGUUGGACUGAAGAAUGCCUGGAAUAUCAUUCAAGCUGAGAUGCGAUGCUGUGGUGUCACAGACUUCACAGACUGGUUCCCUGUGCUGGGAGAGAAUACGGUUCCUGACCGCUGUUGCAUGGAGAAUUCCCAGGACUGUGGGCGCAAUUCCACCACCCUUGUGUGGAAAACAGGCUGUUACGAGAAGGUAAAGACAUGGUUUGAUGACAACAAGCACGUUUUGGGCACGGUGGGGAUGUGCAUUCUCAUCAUGCAGAUUCUAGGCAUGGCCUUCUCCAUGACACUCUUCCAGCAUAUCCACCGGACUGGUAAAAAAUAUGAUGCCUAAGCCAACUGGCUGGGAGUGCCAUCCAUACUCUCUCUACACCAGGGAAGAAUUGUGCUUUUGUAGCCUCCUGAACACCAGACUGCCAUCCCUUCCUUGUAUAACUCAACCCUGUUCUGUCCAGCAGAUCAACGCCCCCACCCUUCCUGAAUCAUCCAUACACUUCUUUGUUGGGUGGGUAGGGUGGGUAGGGAGAAUGGGAA